GUCUCACUUCAUCCCAUCAUCAUCAUCCACAUCAUAACCAACGACAAAACAUCUCCUUUCAAUCUCCAAGGAAAAAGUCCAAUGGCUUUGGCUCGUUUCGCUCUGAAACAACUGCAGCGGAGGGUGGGAUCUGCUUCUGCUUCUUCCACUGCGGAAACUAGGCCAGUAAUCGGUGCUGCCCAGAACCUCGUAACCAGAAGCUUUUCUACUGAGAAAGCGAAAUCUGAUCAAACCACGGAGGUGACUGUGUCUGAAGGCAAGAAGCCGAGGUUAUUUCCUAGGAGACAACGAAGAAGAUGGCCAUGGAGGAACGAUGACAGAGACUUCCCGCCUGCCCUUAGUGAGUUCUUCCCAUCUGGGCUAGGGAAUGCACUGAUGCAAGCGACAGAGAACAUCAACAGACUAUUCGAGAACAUGAACAUAACACCAUGGUCAUUGAGUGGGCGUGUGAAGGAGAGAGACGAUCACUACAAGCUGAAGUAUGAGAUGCCAGGGAUUCCCAGAGAGAACGUGAAGAUCACCAUUGAUGAUGGAGUUCUGAACAUAAAGGGAGAGCACAGGGAAGAGAAACAAGAAGAGGAAGAAGACGAGUACUGGGCAUCAAGCAGCUAUGGGUACUACAACACGAGCCUGGUCCUGCCUGAUGAUGCCAAGACUGAUGAAGUCAAAGCUGAGUUGAAGGAUGGUGUGCUCACUGUUACGAUCCCCAGAACUGAGAAGCCCAAGAAGGAUGUGAAGCAUGUGUCUGUUCAGUGAUGAAGGAUUAACUUGAGCUGCUGAAUCUUUGUUCACUGUGUGAAUAACCUGCGUUGUGUUUGCGUCGUGUCAACAGAUAACCUGUCUUCUUUCUUGUGAAGAUGAAUCGAAGUUUCUGGUUUAUUUCUUAUUUUCACCUUAGAAGAGCUCUCUCAGAUACAAAUUUUUGUCCUUAAAAUCUCACGUUUCACUUGUCAAUUGUCAUAAUCCCUCACAACUGCUGGUUGCUCAGUGCUUUUUUUCGUCACCCCUUUCUAUCCGUAGUUAGAAAUGUUCGGGAAGUGGAUUGAGGGCCAACGGCCCAGCCCAACUAUCCGAGUGUUGUUAGUGUGACUACAUGGGUCAAAUUUAAAUAUUGUUAGGGUAAUUAGAGAUAAUUUUUUAAUGAAUUUUUUUUUUUUAAA